UAACAUGUUCCCAAUCACAUCCCAGCCCGAGUCUGAGGCAUAAGGUCGCUUUAAGAGAUUUCUCAGCUCCUAUCAGAGCUCCUGGCAGGACGCCUCCUACCUUCACUUCAACCACAAAAACCAGCUGAGUCUCACCUGAUGCAAAGCUGCUCGCGGAGUCCAAGAAGACGGAAUAUUUCGGCAGCAAAUGAAGACUGCUGUAUCAAAGGUGAAGGAUAAUGGAGAGCUGUAAACAAUGCAAAUAUUAUUCAUGAAGUAAUUACAGCUUGUGUGACACAAACAACUACUCCAAUUAAACCCCGGCCUCUGAAGUGAGCCCAGGAAAACCAUAAUGGAGCUGCAACACAGCACCAACCACAACCAAGGCUUGUGGAAAGAGAUACCGUUGGAUUUUAACGAGGACUGCUCGCUCUCUGUGAGCGGCACUACUUUCCUCAUCAUCGCCUACAGCACGGUGAUGGCGGUGGGUCUCAUUGGGAACUCUUGCCUGGUGUUUGUCAUCACACGUCACAAAGAGAUGCAGAAUGUCACCAACAUCUUCAUCGCCAACCUGUCGUGUUCUGACAUCCUCAUGUGCAUCGUGUGCCUACCUGUCACCAUUAUCUACACCCUGAUGGACCACUGGAUCCUUGGAGAUGUCCUCUGUAAGCUAACACCCUUCAUCCAGUGCAUUUCUGUUACUGUCUCCAUCUUCUCCCUUGUCCUAAUCGCCAUGGAGCGCUACCAGCUCAUCGUCCACCCAACUGGAUGGAAGCCUGUGGUGGGUCAGUCCUACCUGGCUGUUGCUGUCACCUGGAUUGUGGCCUGCCUAAUCUCGGUGCCUUUCCUCUCCUACAGCGUCCUCACCUUGCCUUUCCAGAACCUGAGCAUCCCCUUCCCAGUUGGUGACCAUCUUGUCUGCAUGGAGCGGUGGCCUUCAGUUGAAGAGCGGCGAGCAUACACCACCUCCCUCCUUGUCUUCCAGUACUUUCUACCUCUCCUCCUCAUCAUGGUCUGCUACCUGCAUGUCUACCUGCGCCUGAGGAGGAGGAAGGACAUGGUGGAUCGCGGCAGAAAUGCUACCCAAAAGAAAAACAAGGGCUCCAUGAGGAUCAACGCCAUGUUAGUUUCCAUAGUGGUGGCAUUCGCCAUCUCCUGGCUCCCUCUCAAUAUCUUCAACACGGUGUUUGACUGGAACCAUGAGGCCAUUCCAUCCUGUGGUCAUGACGUCAUCUUCUCAUUCUGCCACCUUGCGGCAAUGGCCUCAACCUGCGUCAACCCCAUUAUUUACGGCUUCCUCAACAGCAAUUUCCAGAAGCAGCUGAAGUCUACCCUGUUGCGCUGUCGCUGCUGGGGUGUGGUGGAGAGGUACGAAAGCGUCCCGCUCUCCACUGUCAGCACAGAGGUCACCAAGGGCUCAACCCUUAGCAAUGGCUCUAUCAGCAUCAAUACUUAGACCCAUCCUUGUCAGAGAACGACAAAGGAACCACUUGCGCCCUCAUUGUGCCAUCCCAUGGCACUUUUUUUUGUUUCAUUGGGUCCAAAAGGAAGAUUGACAUUUUCAAAGUUAGAAACCUCUCAACAGCAGUCCCACAGGAGACUACUGAGGACCCUUUAGCAGCAUGGUGCAUUGGCCUCAGUUCAACAUGUUCACAUGAAAGAGGAAGUAGAUGACAAAGGGACGGCACAAAGGUUGGACAAGAUUAAGUAUUGAAGGGCAGCUGAAGGCACUUUACAUUAGCACUUUUGUAACUUAAGUUUGUAUAGUCCAUCCCCCAUGUGCUCUGGACAUAAAGAGACAACAUUUAAUCUGGUAAACAUUAGUCAUGUUUUCUUUUGAAGCACUUUGAUGUGUUCAGAAGGAUUUUUUUUUCACGUUUACCUGCUAAAUGUGAGCGCUUGGACCAACAGAGUAUUAAAAAGGACAAAGGGUUUGGGCACUCUGCAAAUGUUUUUUUUUUUCAAUUUUGCUGUUUUAUGUUAAUAAUAUCAAUGAAACAUAUUAAGGGAUUGUGAAAUAUAAUGUCUUAAUGAGUAUCGACUGAGGAGCUUAUGGAGGAGAGACCAUUACAGCUCAUAUUAUGGCUCCAGGCAUAUAUUCAGAAGAUCUGGUAGCAUCUUCUUAAUGCUUUUCUUAUUACCUAAAAUCCUCACAAAUGAUGUAAAGAUCAUUCCCAGAGAAUCUUGAUAGUAGCUAUAUAAGUUAAAUGCUUUCUGCCAAGGUCUGAGCUGCAGUAUAUUGUGUGUGCGUCCUUUUUUCUCAUAAAAUGUGCCAUACAAUAACCGUAUAUCAAGUGCCGUAAAACAAAAUAAAAGUGUAUGUGAAGGACUUUGUCAGAGCGGGGUUCUUUUGUUAUAUAUCAUUCCUGAGUACAUACAAGGCCUGUGAAGGAGCGACACAUUUAUAGUCUAUGAUGUGGUCAGAAAUAAAGAGCACUGUGUAGCAUUGUGUUUAUCUCCUAGGAAACCUAUUGUCUUUGUGGUAUUAAACUUAACUAGAACAUUUACUAUUAUCUUUAAUGACUAUGUGUAUUUUGUAAUAAUUGGUCUAACAAAACUUGCAUGCCUGCCUGUCUUUCUAAGUGUGUUAACGCACGCAAAGAAUAGAUGUCUUUCUGGGAAUUGGAAGGUCAGUUAAUUAUUCUCAGCCUUAACCUUUUAACAGGUUAUUUAUUUGCCUCAGCUAGUCUUAGUUUAAGUCAUAAUUGCCAACUGAGACAGAUUGCAUCGCUUUAAGACAGUAUUAAUUGUUGAAUGUUAAUUGACAGGAAAUAAUAAUAUAUUAGUGUUAAAGGAAGAAUGUGCAACUUUUUGCAGUAGAUGUUGCCCUUGAGCACCAGCAUGAAACCAAAGCAAACUGUUGUUUCGCGGCACAACUCCAACCCCUCUCCACUCGCGUUGGCACGAAGGAGUUAUGAAUAAGAAUGCACCUUAAUUUAGCACCAUUAAGCACAAGCGGUGGACAAAAUUGUCCGAAAUCACCUGUGUCCUGCAUUGUUGUGUUAGCAGACUAUAGUUAACUCAUAGCUUAAUAUUGCCUGUGAAUUAAUGCACAAUGACCGUGAGCUAAAGACUCUUUAUGUGACAUCCAAAUAAGCAGUGAGUAUGUUCUUCUUUUCUCUUGUUCUUAAACAGCUUUAUACACAAGGCUUUCCCGUCCAUGUAAACAUGAUGUAAACACAACCUGACAACAGUUCAGCUGGGGGGACGCUUCUCACUCAUUGUAGACAGUCAUGACUCAGAGACGUUUACAGAGGAUAUACUUGAUUUCUUCUGUAUUUAUGUGUAGAAUGUUGCACAUUCUGCCUUUAAUAAAGUAGUCAAUCAACACUUUUACUGUACUUGUAUAUAAUAUGCAAGAAACCCUUCUACUAAAGAAUUAAUGUUUUGAAA